AUGGCUAAGCAAGAUGGUAAGAAAAUUGUAUGGGUGAUAAAGAACUUCUCCUCUUUGCAAUCUGAGGAGUGUAUUUAUUCUGAUCCAGUCCUGAUCGGUGACUGCAAAUGGCGUCUUUGUGCAUGUCCCAAGGGAGACGGAAACAUUGAUAAUUACUUUUAUUUGUUUGUUGAAGUUGCUGAUGAUGAAUCAUUGCCUUCUGGAUGGAAAAGAUUCGUUAAAUUUCAGCUAAAUAUAUCACAGCCGGGAAAAAGCGUAGUAUCGAAAAGACAGGUCUGGUUUGAUAACGAGUCUUGUAGCUGGGGAUUUCAAACUAUGAUCCCCCUUACAAAACUUCAUGACAAAAAGAAGGGAUUUGUUGUGGAUGGAGAACUCACUAUUGUUGCUUCGGUAGAUGUUCUUGAAGUUAUUGGUACAUUGGAUGCAUCAGAAGAAUCUAUAGAGUCAAGCCGCCCUCUGAAAAAGAUGAAGCUAAGUAAUGAUGAUAAUAAUGUGGAAGCUUCAUCAGUAAAAGAAAGCAUUGUUGUUAAUGGGUUUCAAGUUCUUUCUUCACAGGUAGAAUCUGUGAGAUGUAUAUUUGAAAGACAUCCAGACAUUGCAGUUGACUUCCGUGCUAAGAGCCAACAUAUCAGGACAACAUGCAUGAGUUUCUUGCUCAGCUUAAUCGAGACACUGUGCAAGUCACUUGAGGAGAUUUCCAAUGAAGAUUUCGUGGAUGCAAACAUUGCGCUGACAUGCCUGAAAGAUGUGAAUUUUAAGGUGGAUUGGUUGGAGAAGAAGCUGGACCAAGUGAAAGAAAAUAAAGAGAAAGAGCAGUCUGCUUUGGCCCAACUUCAAGAAACAGAAGAAAGCAUACUAAAGUUGAAGCAAAAGGCUGAGGAGCAGAAGGCUGUGUUGUUGGCCACCAGAACAACUCUAUCUUUCGAUGAUGUUGUUUGA